GGGGAAGGCGGGGACCCGGCCCAGCGUCAGGCCACCCUCGGGCCGGUGCUAGGUGUGCGUCCAGGAGCGGAGAGCAGCUGGGCCCGAGAAUCUGGGAGGAGUAGAGAAGAGUAGAGCUCCUGCUGUGUAAGGAGGAGCUUGAAGGCGAUAGCCGGAUGCUAGAAUCUACAGAGAAUGCAGAAGUCAGACUUGUGACAGGAAGAGUAGGAGCAAAAUCCUGUGGGGAACCCAUGUUUUCCUUCUGGCUUUUCUUUCUGUCUCAGCUAUGCUGCAGUGCUUGGAUGAUGGUGUAAACUGUGGAGAUUUUGUGAGGUGGGAAGAGGAGUACACGGUGCGGCUGCAGCUGCAGGAGCGUGUGAACGAGCUCCAGGAGGAAGCCCAGGAGGCCGAUGCCUGCCAGGAGGAGCUGGCCAUGAAGGUGGAGCAGCUGAAAGCUGAGCUGGUGGUCUUCAAGGGGCUGAUGAGCAACAACCUGUCGGAGCUGGACACGAAGAUCCAGGAGAAGGCCAUGAAGGUGGACAUGGACAUCUGCCGCCGCAUCGACAUCACCGCCAAGCUCUGUGAUGUGGCUCAGCAGCGCAACUGCGAGGACAUGAUCAGGAUGUUCCAGAAGAAGCUGUCUCUGCACUUGUCUCCCAUUAAGGUCCCAUCCAUGGGGGGGCGGAAGCGGGAGCGCAAGGCAGCCAUCGAGGAGGACACCUCCCUGUCAGAGAGUGACGGGCCCCGCCACCCCGACGGGGACGAGGAGGAGAGCGCGGCCCUCAGCAUCAACGAGGAGAUGCAGCGCAUGCUGAACCAGCUGAGGGAGUAUGAUUUUGAGGACGACUGUGACAGCCUGACUUGGGAGGAGACCGAGGAGACUCUGCUGCUUUGGGAGGAUUUCUCAGGCUAUGCCCUGGCCGCCACAGAGGCCCCGGGAGAGCAGCCGGAAGAGAGUUUGGAGAAGGUGAUUAAAGAUACUGAGUCCCUGUUCAAAACCCGGGAGAAAGAAUAUCAGGAAACCAUUGACCAGAUAGAGCUGGAGCUGGCCACAGCCAAGAACGACAUGAACCGGCACCUGCACGAGUACAUGGAGAUGUGCAGCAUGAAGCGGGGCCUGGACGUGCAGAUGGAGACCUGCCGCCGGCUCAUCACCCAGUCUGGGGACCGAAAGUCUCCUGCUUUCACUGCGGUCCCGCUUAGCGACCCGCCGCCACCGCCGCCAAGCGAGGCUGAGGACUCCGAUCACGAUGUCUCAUCUGACAGCUCCAUGAGAUAGGGACCUCCUCCAGCUUGGCCCGCAGGGGUCCCGCUUGCGAGACAGAGGGCUGGGGGUCGCAGAAGGGGGCACCGAGCCUGGCCUCGGGCCCUAGGCUCUCCUCCCGGCUUCCUGCCUCGGUCCUUGGCCUCUCUCGGGUUCUGGGGUGUCUGGAGCAAGGCCUGGCCGCACAGCCGGGGUCUCCUGCCUUCACGCCUGGGUGUCUGCUACUCUCGCCUUUAACACGCUGCCGGCGCUCGCGGCCUCUCGCCCUCUCCGUCGAGUGAGGACUGUGAUCUUCCUUCCCUCCCUGUGGCCUGGAGCCAGCUGGCAGUCUUGAUUCUGUACUGGUGCUGACUGGCCCAGGCACUGGUAUGAAGUGGACCAGGCUGGACAUCCUGUGGCUUGUGCGACAGGAGAGGUUGUCCCUGCAUGUCACAGGUGGAGGGAGUGGGACUAGGCACAGCACUCUGUCCUGUUGUCCAAGUGCUCACGGCCGUCUGCCCGUUGACAGCAGAGUGACAUGGCUGUGACUUCCCUCAUGGAAGUGCUACACAUAACGGGGCCUUAGAGCGCCCAGUCCAGGCGGCUUCUGGGUCUGACCGAGCGCAGUAUUGUAGAGGGAGGUGGAAGCUCCUGCUUGUCACUGCCAAGUGACAGGAAGGGGGCACUACCUGUGUGGAUGUGUGUGUGUGCGCGUGUGCACGUGUGUCUAGCAUGUGUGCUCAGGGCCACAGCUUCUUCAAGCAUCAGCUGAAGACGUGCCUCCUCCGUGUCUCGUGCACUGAGACCAACAGACUGAGCAAGAUGUCCCGGACUCGGAAAAGCUCGGAGAAACUGGGGAGGCGAGACUGAGGCGACCUCAGCGCCACUGCCCGAGGCAGGCUGGGCUGGGCUGGGCUGGGCUGAUGUUGAGUGGAAUCUAAUAAUGAAACUGGCAAGUAUUUAU